AUGGGCAUCAGUAACCCUACUACUCUGUCAGAGCUGAAGGCUCUCUCCAAGAUUAUCCAGGACUCCAUUGAUUCCAUCGAGGCCUCACUGGCAUCGAAGAACAUGGAGUUCCCUUCGCCUCACACGCCGAUAUCUCUAGAGUCUGAGGCAGCACGCAUGCAGCCAGAGGUCAACAGGGCGUGUGCUCUGAUUAUCUCCGCUGCCUACCAACUUAUCAACUCCGUCCGCUCGCCGAUACUCUCCAUUGCAGCCGUGGCAUCUCAGCACAUCCUGUGCGCCUCGCUGAGUGUUGUAAUAGCUGCCAAUGUGGCCGAGGCCUUGAGAGAAGCCGAUCCCAAGGGAGCACAUGUAAAUGAGAUUGCUCUGGCGAGCAAUAUCGACCCGUCAAAGCUUGCACGUGUCCUCCGUGUACUCGCCACUAACCAUAUCUUUGUCGAAGUCGCGCCUGACGUCUUCACGCACAACCGCAUCUCGUCCUGCCUGGACACUGGAAAGUCCGUCAAAGAUAUUCUCGCAAACCCCGAGGCAAAGCAUAUUGGCACUCUUGGUAAAGUUGCAGGUGUAGAGUACAGCACGGAUGAGUGUUUGAAAGCAGGAGGAUAUCUACGGGAUAUGCUCUUGGAUCCCAAGAUUGCCAAGUCUCAGGAACCAAACGAGACCGCACUGAGCCUCGCCUUCAAUACAAAGCUAGAUGCAUGGGAGUGGUAUGAGCAGAAGGGUAACGAGUAUCGUCUUCAGCGCUUUUGCAUCGCAUUGGAGGGUAUCAAGCAGGCGGGUCCUCGGAAUGCGAUCCUCGAGGGCUUCGACUGGAGGAGUCUGAAACAAGAUGCGGUCGUUGUGGAUGUCGGCGGCGGAGUUGGUUCCCAGUCCAUGAGACUUGCCCAGAACUUUUCACAUCUACGCUUCGUGGUUCAGGAUCGCGAACAAAUUGUGAAGGACGCUGUUGAAUUCUGGGAUGGCCAAUUACCCGGCGCCGUGAAGUCUCAGAAGCCGGUCAAGAAUGCCUCGGUCUUCCUUUUGCAUACCGUCCUCCAUGACUGGUCCGACGACUACUGUAUUCGGAUCUUGCGCCACCUUCGGGAUGCAGCUGCGCCAGAUACUCGCCUCCUGAUUGUUGAUAGCCUCCUCCCGUAUGCAUGCGAGGAUGACAGCCUAGAGGGUAUUGCAGGCGUCGAGCGUCCAGUCCAUCCCAAACCUCUGCUUCCGAAUCUGGGGCAUUCUGCGACCUUUUUGUACCACGCGGACGUGCAGAUGAUGGCAAUUUUCAACGGGAAAGAGCGCACGCCGAGGCAGGUGAAAGAGCUCAUGGAGCAGACCGGCUGGAAGGUCAUACGGGUUCACCCGUCUUCCGCCUUCGGCACCGCCAAAGUCAUCGGCGUUCCAGAGAAUACUGCAUAAAUGGUACUACAAUCGGCUCCCGGGACUCAGGCUUCCGUUCUUGCCAUGCACUGCGGUGAGCGGCCCCGUCGAGGCUCCAUAGUUGUUGCUCGCGGUGCCCGCCGUAUACUGCGUCCAAGUUACUGGUCGUUUUCUGGCCGCGUACGGUACUUCCGUCGUCUUGUUUUUUUUUCUUCUGAAUUUGUCGGCAUAGCUUAGUCAGCCUCAGCCUCAGCCUGGGACAGUAUCAUGUUU